AUGGCUUUGUCCCAUGAUCUCUGUUAUUCCAUUGUGGAUUUACGUCUUCUACUUGAAUACCAUGACUCAUCUGCCCUACGAUACCUUAGUUUUGUGAUGUCCCUUGUGACCUGCCUGGUGGGAUUGGUGGGAAAUGCAGUAGUCAUCUUUUUACUUGGAUUUAUCAUGAAGAAACACAAGUCUAGAUACUGGUUUCUGAAUUUGGCCAUUGCUGAUUUCUUGGCUCUCCUGACCUUACCUUUUCACGCCAUCUCAACUCUCAAAGGCACCUGGACACUCGGGCCGCACAUAUGUAAACUUUUUAUCUUCUCUUCAUGUGUUAGAAUGUACUCUAGUGUUUACAUUCUUGUCGCCUUAAACAUUGUCAAAGUAUUAUCUGUAGCACAACCAAUGUUCCACCUCAAAUUCAUUUCCCAACGUGUUACUGUUUUGAUCUGUAUUUUAAUCUGGUUUAUUAUAACAUUGCUUAGCUUCCCGACGUUCUACUCUAGCGGUGAACUGAAAAUUGGGGAAGUCACAAUAUGCAGUCUCUUAGGUAGUAAUGCUGUGGAUACUGUAGUUGUCAACAAUAAAUAUAAUGUGAGUAAUGGGAAUGCUACAAGAAACAUCCUAUUUUUUGACAUCUUCACCACGUUGAGCCCCUACAUCCAACAAUGCUCAUCUGACAUAUGUUGUGGUGGUGAGGAGACUCUCAGGUUUUGGAACAAUAUGAUCUAUAAUUCAAAAUGGAUAUUGAUACCUUUCUUUAUUAUUGGAUAUUUUAUUCCCCUUGGUGUUGUUUUAAUUUGCAAUAUAACUAUAGUUGUGCAUGUAAGAAAAUCAAAAACCAUUAAUCCCCACAGGCUCUAUCGAACAGUUCUCAUCAUCAUCGUGAUUUAUUUCAUAACAUGGAUUCCACAAGUUAUGACAAAGAUUGUGUUAUCCAUUGCUGUUCGCAAUAUGAACCUCAUAACCAUGUUCAAAGUCUUUAUAUGUAUGCCGCUCAUGCUGAAUAUUGCAUAUGCACAAAGCUGCUUGAAUCCAAUUCUGUAUGUGUUUACCGGUAAGCGGAUGCGAACAGAACUUUCUGUUUUUAUAAAUAGCAUCAGAAAUAAAUACAAAUGA